AUGCCCAACACGGCCGCAGCUCUGCUGGACAAGGUGGCCCAGCCCCCAGCCACCCAGCCGCCACCGCCGCCUUGGGGCAGCGUGCCCGCCGCCCCAGGCGCCCGCUCGCCUCCCACCAAGCACGGUGUACCAGCAGCUGCGGCAGCACCCGAGUCUACGUGGGGAGCCAGAGCCUCCCACAACCUGGCCCACGAGAGCAGCUCGGAGUACGAAGACGACUCCUUCCUGGAUGGAGGGGAGGAGGACAGCGAGGAGGCGGGGAUGGCCACCAGCAGGGCGCCUUCGGUCAAAGUGGUCAACCCUCCCAGGGUGCCAGCGCUGCCGACUCACAGCGGCGGCUCUACCCCCAGGGCAGUGAGCUUUGCGGACCUGGGCCAGAGCAGCAGGCCCAGCAGCGGCAGGCAGGUGCACCUGAACUGUGCCGCCGGCAGGCCAGGCUCCCCUGCGGCUGCGCUGCGCUCCUACAGCCCCUGCUCCUGCCGCGAGACAGGCCUGGGGGCGGGCUCGCCGCGGUCUGCGAUUCUGCGCAGCCCGGCUUGCGGCGGCAGCUGGCUGCGCAGCGGACAGCACGACUUCGAUUCCAACUGA